AUGUCGCACUCGCAUUCCCACUGCCAUGAUGAGCACGGCGGCCACGAGCACGACCAUUCAGACGACAUCACACCCGCGCUGCAGUCGUCGCUGUACGAGCAAAUCAAUUUUGACGAGAUUGUCACGCUCAACGAGUCGCGGCGCGAUGCCGGCAAGGCUAUCGUCAAGAAGACAUGGGCGGAGCGUCUCGAGAUGGACCCGGAGCUGGAGAGCGAUGCCGAUGAGCAACUUCUCAUGACGGUCCCCUUCACCGCUCAAGUCAAGCUCCACGCCAUCCUGAUCCGCACCUCCCCCGCGGCGUGCGCCCCCAAGACGCUCAGCCUCUUUGUCAACCAGGACGGCCUCGACUUUGAGGCCGCCGAGGAGUCGGAUCCCGUGCAGCGGCUGGAGCUGGCGCAGACGUCUGAUGUGCAGGAGAUUCCGGUCAAGCGCGCGCUGUUUGGGCGGGUGCAGCGGCUGGGCCUGUUCUUCUCCGACAACUUUGGCGACGGCGAGGAGGACGUGACCCGGAUCAGCUAUGUCGGCUUCAAGGGCGAGUGGACGAGGCUGGGCAAGGCGCCGACAAAUAUCCUGUACGAGGCGGCGGCGCAGCCGGGGGAUCACAAGGUCAAAGGGACGAAUGUGAAUGCGAUGGGGAGUGGUAUCGGAGGACGGGGACCGGGUGUUUAG